AUGAUGCACAUGACCUUCUACUGGGGAAUCAAAGCCACAAUCCUCUUCGAUUUCUGGAAAACCGAUUCAUGGCUCAGUUACAUCCUCACUCUACUCGCCUGCUUCGUCUUCGCCGCCUUCUACCAGUACCUCGAGAACCGCCGCCUCCAAUUCAGAUCCCUCUCAUCCACGCGUCCACGAACCGGCGUCUCCGCCCCUCUCAUCCCCAAAUCGGGGACCAGAUCCGCCGCCAAAGCUGCUUCCGUGCUCCUCUUCGGCGUCAACGCCGCGAUCGGGUACUUGCUCAUGCUCGCGGCUAUGUCCUUCAACGGAGGCGUUUUCAUCGCGAUCGUCGUCGGGUUAACCGUCGGAUACUUAGUUUUCAGAUCUGAGGACGGUGCUGCUGACGUGGCGGUGGAUAAUCCUUGCGCUUGUGCUUGA